GCGAGCGAGCGAGCGAGCGAGCGAUCGGGAGCAGCGACUGCGCCGGGGCCGGGGCCGAGAUGCAGCUCCGAAACUUCCUCGUGCUCACUCUCAUGGCGCUCCUGGCCCUCCCCAUCGAGGCUGCCAAGAACAAGAAAGACAAGGGGAAGAAAGGCAAUUCUGAGUGUGAGGAGUGGAACUGGGGUCCCUGCACCCCAAGCAGCAAAGACUGUGGCAUUGGCUUCCGGGAGGGCAGCUGUGGGGGCGAGACCCGGCGCCUCAAGUGUAAGGUGCCCUGCAACUGGAAAAAGGAGUUUGGAGCUGACUGCAAAUACAAGUUUGAGAAUUGGGGUGCGUGUGACAGCAGCACGGGUACCAAGACCCGCCAGGGAACCUUGAAGAAGGCCCUGUACAAUGCCCAAUGCCAGGAGGCCAUCCGAGUGACCAAGCCCUGCACCCUCAAGGCCAAAGCCAAGAUCAGAGCCAAGAAAGGGAAGGGGAAGGACUAGACCCGAAGCAUCACCUGACAGGGGGUCUUUGCCUCCGGAGGACACCUAGAUACACUGUCCCUUUCCUCUCUCCCUCUCCCCCACCCCGUCCUCCCCUGCCCAGUCCCCCAGAACUUAUUCCACACCAGGUGCCUUGUUUCUACCAUUAGCUUUAUCAAUCACAAAGCGCUCCUUCCUAAUUCCCCCCAUCAUUCCUAGCCUUGGCGUGAAGGGGCAGAAGAGUUGGGGCAGGGGGAGGGAGGGACCAGGCCCUCCCCUCCCUGCCCUGGCUCCCUCUCACCCCAGUGAUAUGAGCUCCAAUUUCAGCCUAGCCCCAGGUCCUUAUUCAAGUCAUCACCUUUAUUAAAAAAUAAAAAUAAAGUCUUUUUUUUCCAAUAAAA